AUGGGUCUGUCUUUCGACAAACCAGCUGCUAAGAUACAGGAAGCGGCAGCAGUGGGCAAACACACGAAAUCACGAUAUAAUACUUUCAACAAUCCGGCAUCAACCGAGGCCGAUAAGAUGCGGCAUGUUGAGGACUUUAUCGACAAAACGAGAAUGCACUUCAAGCCUAUGCAUAUUAGACCUUUUGGAAUAAAAAUGGGUCUGCGUAGACCGGAGCAGGCGUUUAUUCAUCGAAGCCGAAGGCGAGGAGCAGCACCUCAUAGUCCGGAUGAGCAAAAGCUCAUGCAGAAGACAAUAUUCCCAGUUGCAAUUUCUCGCCAGUAG